AUGUCUGCAGUCACCACACCCAAUGACUCUCCUGUAUCUGCACCCAUCCAGCCUCUGCACAACCCGUCGCAGGCUGCACACGUCGUCGUCCCACAAGCACCGCUUGGCAACGCAACAAAUGGCGUUGCCAACCAAGUCCCAGGAAUGGGAGUCAAAGCUUUACUAGCUAAAAAGCUGGCGAAGAGCAAAAACCCUACAUAUAUAUCGCCUACAGAUAAACUGAUGACUCCAGUCACCCAGAAGCUUAAUGCGGCUAAGCAGAAACGCUUCACAAAAGGUGCUAAACUUACCGGGGCAUUGUUCCCUAUCACAAAAGAAUCCACGUCGUCUGAAGAGCGUGAAGACGUUAGUGAUAGUGAAUCGCUGUCAUCAGAAUCGGAACCUGUUAAGGAGCACCAAGACAUGGAUCACAAGAUGAACGAGGACGACAACCCUUUUUGA